AAAGUGGCUGGCACUCCGUGUAGACGCUCUGAGGACAGCUGUGACCUGCCCGAGUUCUGCUUAGGGACAAGUGCGUUUUGUCCAGAUGAUUUUUACCUGAUGGAUGGACUUCAGUGUCAGAGCGGAGCGGCGUACUGCUACGAGGGACGCUGCCAAACCUACGACUACCAAUGCAGACGAUUAUUCAGCCCAGACCCAGCCACAAAAGCAGCAGAUAUUUGCUUCCAGACGGCAAAUAUUAAAGGAAACGAAUACGGCAACUGUGGCAGGAACAACAAGGACUACAUCAAGUGCCCCACAGCCAGCACCUCUGCCCUCUCACUGUCACUCAGACUGGACUGAGCAUGGAUCAGAGAGAGACCAGAGAGGACGGAGCCCCUCCCUCUAUAAAAGCUCACAGACCUGCUCCUGGGACCAGAGGCGUCUCAUUCAAGAGUGAUGAGUCUAUGGGACAAUGGAUUCAUUUUAAAAGAGAACAUGGUCCAGAGAUCCACCAGAAACAUCCUCCAUCUGAACCUGGUCCCAUCUGUGAGUCCCUCAGGAGUGACAGGUCUAUGAAAAAUCCACUUAAUUUUGCCACAGAACCAGUGGAGCAGCAGGGUCCAGAGGUCUCCAGUGGUCAGCACCAUCAGACACAGCUGGACUCCAUAUUUAAGCUUCUGGAGGAGGACAUCUUCACUUUUGUCCAGAAGGAGCUGAAGAAGCUCCACAAGGUUCUGAGUACAGAUUACCCAGAAUGCUCAGAGCCUGUGGAGGAUGAAGAGCAGAGGAGCAGCAGUGAGGCUGUUCUGAAGAUCACACUGAACUUCCUGAGGAGGAUGAAGCAGAAGGAGCUGGCUGAGCGUCUGUGGAGCAGGAGUUAUUCUGGAGUUUGUCAGCGUAAACUGAAGUCUAACCUGCAGAAGAAGUUUGAGUGUGUGUUUGAGGGCAUCGCUAAAGCAGGAAACCCCACCCUUCUGAAUCAGAUCUACACAGAGCUCUACAUCACAGAGGGAGGGUCUUCAGAGGUCAACCAGGAACAUGAGGUCAGACACAUGGAAACAGCCUCCAGGAAACCAGACCCAGCAGAGACACCCAUCACAUGUGAAGACAUGUUUAAAGGCCCAGCUCACACACAUGGACCAAUCAGAACAGUGCUGACAAAGGGAGUGGCUGGCAUCGGGAAAACAGUGCUCACUCAGAAGUUCAGUCUGGACUGGGCUGAAGGCAAAGCCAACCAGAACAUACAGCUGCUGUUCCCGUUCACUUUCAGAGCACUCAAUGUGCUGAAGGAGAGAAGCUUCAGCUUGGUGACACUUGUUCAUCACUUCUUUAGUCAAACACAAACAGAACUCUGCAGCUUUGAAGACCUCCAGGUGCUCUUCAUCUUUGACGGUCUGGACGAGUGCAGACUUCCUCUGGACUUCACCAAAACCAAGGCCCUGACUGACCCCACAGAGUCCACCUCACUGCACGUGCUGCUGAUAAACCUCAUCAGGGGGAGUCUGCUUCCCUCCGCUCGCCUCUGGAUAACCACACGACCUGCGGCGGCCAAUCAGAUCCCUGCUGAGUGUGUCUCCAUGGUGACAGAGGUCAGAGGGUUCACCGACCCACAGAAGGAGCAGUACUUCAGGAAGAGGUUCAGAGACGAGGCCGACACAAUCAUCUCCCACAUGAAGACGUCCAGAAGCCUCCACAUCAUGUGCUACAUGCCAAUCUUCUGCUGGAUCGCUGCCACAGUCCUGGAGCAUGUGUUGAAAAGCAGAGAGAGAGGAAAGCUGCCCAAGACCCUGACUCAGAUGUACAUCCACUUCCUGGUGGUUCAGGCCAAAGUAAAAAACAUCAAGUAUGAAGAAGGAUCUGAGACAGACCCACACUGGAGUCCAGAGACCAGGAAGAUGGUGGAGUCUCUGGGAAAACUGGCCUUUGAGCAGCUGCAGAAAGGAAACCUGAUCUUCUAUGAGUGUGACCUGAGGGAGUGUGGACUGGACGCUGCAGCGGCCUCAGUGUACUCUGGAGUGUUCACACAGGUCUUUAGAGAGGAGCCAGGCCUGUACCAGGACAAGGUCUACUGCUUCAUCCAUCUGAGUGUGCAGGAGUUUCUGGCUGCUCUUCACGUCCAUCAGACCUUCAUCAACACUGGGAACAACCUGCUCUUAGAGAAAAAAAAAUCAUCACGGACAACUAGCAGUAAAUCAGUCCAGUUUUACCAGACAGCUGUGGACCAGGCCUUACAGAGUCCAAAUGGACACCUGGACCUGCUCCUCCGCUUCCUCCUGGGUCUUUCACUGUUGACCAAUCAGAAACUUUUACAAGGUCUGAUGACACAGACAGAAAAGAGCUCCAAGACCAAUCAGAAAACAGCUGAGUACAUCAAGAAGAAGCUGAGUGAGGAUGUGUCUGCAGAGAGGAGCAUCAACCUGCUCCACUGUCUGAAUGAACUGAAUGAGCGUUCUCUGGUGGAGCAGAUCCAACAGUACCUGAGGUCAGGACGUCUGUCUAAAGGUGGACUGUCUCCUGCUCAGUGGUCAGCUCUGGCCUUCAUCCUACUGUCAUCAGAAGAAGAUCUGGACCAGUUUGAGCUGAAGAAAUACUGUGCUUCAGAGGAGGCUCUCCUGAGGCUGCUGCCAGUGGUCAAGGCCUCCAACAAAGCUCUACUGAGCAGCUGUAACCUGUCAGAGAGAAGCUGUGAAGCUCUGUCCUCAGUCCUCAGCUCCCAGUCCUCUAGUCUGAGAGUCCUGGAUCUCAGUCUCAACGACUUGAAGGACUCAGAGCUGGAGAUGUUGUCUGUUGGUCUGAAGAGUCCUCACUGUAAACUGGAACAGCUCAGUCUGUCCCUCUGUGGACUGUCCCCUCACAGCUGUGGGCCUCUGGCCUCAGUCCUCAGCUCCUCCAGUCUCACACACCUGGAUCUCACUCACAACGACCUCCAGGACUCAGGAGUGGAGCUGCUGUGUUCUGGACUGAAGAGCGCCCCCUGCAGACUGGAGACGCUCAGGCUGUCUGGAUGUCUGGUCUCACAGAGGGGCGGGGCUGCUCUGGCCUCAGCUCUGAGCUCCGCCCCCUCCCACCUGAGAGAGUUAGACCUGAGCUACAACCAUCCAGGACCCUCAGCCGAGCUCCUGACCGCUCUACAGGACCAGCGCCCCCUGCUGUCUGUCAGACUGGACCAUGCUGGAGCUCAGUGGUUAACACCAGGACUCAGAAAGUAUUUCUGUGAUCUCACUCUGGAUCCAAACACAGCUCACAGAGAACUCAAACUGUCUGACAGCAACAAGAAGGUGACACGUGUGAGAGAGGAGCAACCGUAUCCAGAUCAUCAGGGCAGAUUUGACCGAUGGCAUCAGAUUCUGUGUUCCACUGGUCUGACUGGUCGCUGUUACUGGGAGGUCCAGUGGAGUGGAAGGAUUUAUAUAUCAGUGUCUUACAGAGGAAUCAGAAGGAAAGGACACAGUGAGGACAGUUUGUUUGGAGCCAAUGAUCAGUCCUGGAGUCUGUUCUGUUCUGAAGAUGGUUUCUCUGUUCAUCAUAAUAACAAACACACCGACCUCCCUCAGUCCUGCUCCUCUUCUGGGACAGUCUCAGUGUUUGUGGACUGUCCUGCUGGCUCUCUGUCCUUCUACACAGUCUCCUCUGACCAACUGACCCACCUCCACACCUUCAACACCACAUUCACUCACACUCUGAUCCCUGGGUUUUGGCUCUUGUCUGACUCCUCAGUGUCUCUGUGUCCGACAGACUCACCCUCCUCUGUGUAAAAUACAACAGUCAAAUCUGUAGAAAAAUCACUUUGUAAAUGUUGAUUUUAUUUUGACUUCAUUUGAUCAGAGAUUUAUUUUAUAAUGUUUUAUUUCCUCUAAAAGACAAACUGCACAGACACGUCAUGUAGUAGUAGUAGUAGUAGUAUUAGUAGUAGUAUUAGUAGUUGUAUUCGUAGUCGUAGCAGUUUUGCUCUUGUUUUUCCUCAUCACAAACAUCUAAUGCUCUUGUUUUUAGCCUGAUUUACUCUGCCUCACACUGUGACACUUCCACAUGACCCUUAAAUGUUCUUCUCUUUAUUUAAAUUCAAAUACACUGUCAGUCAAAUAUCUCUAAGUGUUUUAUCGACUUACACCUGUUGAUUUUAUUAUUAUUUUUUAUAGUCUAAAUUUAUAUCUCAUUAACAUAUUUCAUAUUUUUUCAUCACAAUUUAAAUAUUUGUGUUUGAUUUACUCUGUGUGAGUCUCAAGCUGUAAAUAUAUUGUAUUAUUACUAUAGAAUAAUGAGUAAAACACAUUAUAAACUGUAUCUAAGCCUGUUUUUGGUGUGUACAGUAGUUUUUAUGUCUAUUGGAUAAACCUUUGCUAAUGUGCUAAUAGUAAAUAAAUGGCCUUAGAAAUCCUUC